AUGUCGAGCUUAUAAACAAAUAAAGAGAGCAAAAUAUUCAAUAAUCAAUGGAUUCUUAAAAAGAAAGUCAGCUCCGGUAGUUUUGGUGUUGUGUUCAUAGGUAUGGAUAAGAACACUAAAGAAUUCGUUGCCAUAAAAUUAGAAAAGGAAGAUAAUGAAGACAUAAGAAGUCUGGAUCGAGAAGUGUAGAUUCUAACAAGACUUUAAGGUCUUUCAAAUGUCCCAAAACUUUAUUGGAGUGGUUAAGAAAAUAACUACAACAUUAUGGUAUUGAAUUUAUUAGGUAGAGAUUUAGCCUACUACAUGAAGGCGCUUAAGAAAUUCUCAUUGAAAACAGUGCUGAUGCUUAUGGACCAGCUCAUCACUGUAUUAGAAAAUGUCCACAAUAGAUCAAUUAUCCAUAGAGAUUUGAAACCAGAAAAUAUUCUCAUGGGCAGAGAAAAUGAAUCUCACAUGGUUUAUAUUAUUGAUUACGGUAUUUCUAAAAUAUAUAGGGACAAUAGUGGUCGUCAUAUAACAUUCAAGGAUAAUAAGCCCUUUAUCGGUACAACUCGUUAUGCAUCCAUAGCAGCGCACUAGGGACACGAGUUGGGUCGUAAAGACGAUUUAGAAUCACUUGGCUAUGUAAUGAUUUUUUUGCUCAAAGGCCAUCUUCCAUGGUAGAAUCUAUAAAACGUCACUGAUAAAGAUAAAACUCAGGUUGUUGGUGAUAUAAAAGCAAAGACUAAAUCAACAGAUUUAUGCAAAGAUUUGCCAAAUGAAUUUGUAAAGUAUCUCGAUUAUGUUAAAAAACUCCACUUUAAGUCUUAGCCAGACUAUAAGUAUUUAAAGAACAUGUUUUAGAAGCUAGGAUAAUAAAAUAAUGUUAGAUAUAACGAAAAUGAUUGGGAUUGGAGCGAACAUAAUCAAAGUAAAGAAGGUAAAAGCUCUGAUAGUAAGAAUAACUUAAAUGCAGAUGGACAAGAUGUACAGAGAAGCGGAGUAAAAAAGCUCUCUUUUACUCCAAUCUGGUCAAUAGGUUAGAUUGAUUCGGGAUAUUUAGCUCCACCUGAAGCAGGUAAUGGCCAAAGAAAUUAAAAAAGAAACUUGAGUCUUACCCCAUCUGUACGUUCAACUAUACGUAAAAGUACAGGAGGAUCUUUUAUGGGUACCUAUAGCUCAAUUAAUAUAAAGUACGUUCCUACAAAUAUACAUAAAUAAGGAGGAAGUUAAAUUAUGGGAAGUAAAUUUGAUGUGGAUGAUGAAAAAAGUAAUGUGAAACCGAUAGAAGAAGAAAAUAAAGAGUUAGAUGAAACAACACAGACAGGAUUUGUAGAAUAAGAAAUGGAUGAAUAUGCAGGAAAUGCCCAAACUCUUGAUAAAAAAUUAUAAAAGCUCCUUAAUACUCAAGUGAAAGCCCAAUUCAAUAAGAGAAAAAUACCAGUUUGA